AGAGAGAGAGAGAGAGAGAGAGAGACGAACAACCGAGUGGGAGGGCAGGGAAAGGGAAACCCCUCCGUUACCAAUCCCGUGUGUCCUCUUCCCCUGUCUUUUUUGCUUCCCAAGCUCCAUUGCCGUCUCAGAUAAAGAUCCACACAGAUCGCUCCAGCUCCACACUCACGCACGCGCGCCAUGCAUGCAUCCAUGCCAUGCCGUGGCCGCCACGCGCCACAUCACCUGCCCGUUCCCUGCUUACAUGUACCGGAGAAAAACAAACAAAACUGACAAACCAUAUAGAAGGAUCAAGGCACACCAGCAGACUAAAAGUGAAACAAGGGAAAGGUCAAAAGGCACCCGUACAUAUAGUGGCAACACAUAGGCCCCGAUGCUUACCGUCUAGUCAGUCACGGACUCACGGUCUUACAGCAGACCGGUGGCGGCAGGAUGGACCAGGCGCGGUAUGUCGCGUGCUACCGCCAGUGGAUCGCCGGCCAGGAGGCGGGCCUCGGCGAGCUCGUGGCGGCGUCGGCCAAUGCCGCGGCCGGGCGCGCCACGGACGCCGAGCUGCGGGCGGUCGUGGAGCGGUGCAUGCUCGGGUACCAGGACUACGUCACCGGCAGGCGCGCGCUGUCGCGGGAGGUCGGCACGGCCUUCUUCGCCCCGCCCUGGUGCACUGCCUUCGAGAACUCCGUGCUCUGGCUCGGGGGCUGCCGCCCGUCGAUGUCCAUCCGGCUGCUGUACUCCCUCUCCGGCGAGGGCCUGGAGACGCACCUCGAGGAGUUCAUCAGCGGCCGCAUCAGCAUGCCUGGGGGCACGGGCCUCCUGGGGAUCACGGCUGGGCAGCUGGCGCUCAUCAAUGAUCUCCAUCACCGGACGCUGCGGCAGGAGGAUGCCCUCUCGGAGCGGCUCGCCACCCUGCAGGAGGACAUCGCCGACCGCCCGCUCCUGCCCAUCGUGCGGGCGCGCGAGCGCGAGCGUGCCAUGGCGAUGGCACAGCUGGGCGCCGCCGGCGCCGGCUGCAACGACGUGGUCGGGCGGCUCGGGUUGGCGGGGCCAGGAGGCGUCGACGCCGAGGUGGACGCGGCGUUGGAGAGCUACAAGGUCGGGCUGGCACGGCUACUGAACGAAGCCGACGGGCUGCGGAUGGCGACGACGCGGGCGCUGGCGACGGAGAUCCUGACGCCGCCGCAGGCGGUGGAGAUGCUCAUGGCCGCCAAGCAGCUGCACCUCUCGGUGCGCGACUGGAGCCGUAGGGGGGAAGGCGGUCAGCAACAGCUUGCGCUCCGCGCCGCAACGGCCGCCUCCGCCGUCCGCCCGAACCCAUGACAGGCUCACCAGUCGCCAUUCCUCCUCACCUUGCAUGCUUGCAGCAUCCCUUUGUACACAAUCUGAAGCAUCUGCCUUUCUGUCACCGUAGCAUCUUCCAUUAAUCGUACAAAGUUCAUGCAUGCAUGUGUUCCAGGUACUACCUAUUAACCACCGUAGCUAGCUUCCUAUGUCCGUGCUUGCAUGUACGCACUCUCUUGAGUCUCUUCGUGUUCUUUCUACUUCUACUAGUCUUUGUUUGUUUCGUCUUUACUGCAUUCCCUGUUCUUCUGUGCAGUGCACUGCGAGCUUAUAUAUAUGGUGCCUCCAUUUU